UGCUGAAGGUCACGGAAAAGUUGUCCACUAUCGGUUCCUGCCGGUUCUCGUAUUAUCAAUACCGACAGACAAUUAAACAAUUUAUGAGAAACUCCUGGUCACAUUGGCAAGCAAUGCUCCUGGACCCAGAAAAUUCAGACAUGUCAAGCACAUAUAUAGGUGGUAGUUGGGUCUUCCCACCACCUGUUGGGUUGCGAGAAGAUGAAUUAAAUAGCAGUAUGAACUGAUGAUUUUGCACCAAGAGCUAGGAACAACCAUCGGACUCGGCGAGUUUGAGCCACAUGCUCUAAGGCAUGUCUGGUGCGAGCUUAAGAUACCUUGUGUCCAGCAGUGAUGUAUUGCUCCUGCCCUAAACUUGCCAAGUCCAUUCACUCACAAACUUCCAAACUGUCUGCCCAACAAAGAACAUAUCAUGUGAAUAAAAGGAAUCUGCAGUUCCAUUUCAUCAUUCCUAUGCUGGUGCAAUACAGGUGCUACGGUCAUCUCGAGCAAUGGAGCUGUACUUGCUGGGAGACGAACUGACGGCCUAACCGAAACCGACAUCGCCCCCACCCCUAACAUUCUCUUUCAAGACAAAUCACAUGGAUCUGCACCAUCAUGAGGUGACUCCCAUUAAUGCAGUGUCCUCCUGAUGCACCACUAUUUAACAGACCCCAGUUAGUCCAUUAUCAUCAACUCAAUAGCUUUGGCAUUUUUCAAAGCCCUCAAGAUCAGAAACAAAAAUCUUCUAUUUCUUCUUCAUCCACAUCCCAAUACAGAGACAAUGAUCAGCCCGAACUACUUGGUCAAGAUUGCAAGAAAAUGGCAGAGAGUAGCUGCCAUGAGAAGGAAAAGGAUCUCAUUUCCACAAGUCGAUGGAGGCGAGGAAGUGCUAGCUCAAAGAGGACAUUUCAUCGUCUACUCGAUUGACCAAAAGCGAUUCAUGUUUCCGAUUGGGUACUUAGACAACCGCGUUGUUCGAGAGCUGCUCAAGUUAUCCGAGGAAGAGUUUGGGCUGCCAAGGAAUGGACCCAUCACUUUGCCGUGCGACGCCAUGUUCAUGGACUACAUGGUUUCGAUGAUCCAGCGGCGUGCCGAUGUGGAAAUCGAGAAGGCUCUCCUUAUGUCUAUUACAGCCAACACAUGCUCACUAUCUUACUCUCUCCAGCAGAAUCACACUGGACGACAAUUGCUAGUGUGCAGUCAUUGAAGCUUUGUAUUUAUGCUUUUGCCUUUCAUGUAUUGAGGCUUUUAGGAUGUACAUAAUGAGAGAAUUGAAGGAAAAUUACAGUUCAUAUAUUUUUUAGUUCGUCAGAUUCUAAUGAAAACAGAUCCUUCACUCCUAUGAUUAGCGUACUUUUCUCUGUUGA